AUGCCGAUCCUGGUGGGCAGCAGCAUGUUCCGCCGCACCAAGAGCUGCCGCACGAGCAACCGGAAGAGCCUGAUCCUGACCAGCACCUCUCCCACCCUCCCGCGGCCCCACUCGCCGCUGCCCGGCCACAUCGGCAGCAGCCCCCUGGACAGUCCCCGCAACUUCUCGCCCAGCAACCCGGCCCACUUCUCCUUCGCCUCCUCCCGCCGUGCUGACGGGCGCCGCUGGUCGCUGGCCUCGCUGCCCUCCUCCGGCUAUGGCACCAACACCCCCAGCUCCACCGUCUCGUCCUCGUGCUCGUCGCAGGAGCGCCUGCACCAGCUGCCGGCGCAGCCGACGCCAGAGGAGCUGCGCUUCCUCUCCCGCCACUUCGGCAGCUCCGAGAGCCUGGCCGAGGAGGAUGGGGGGGCCCGGGGGGGGCCAGCCCCGCGCCCCCGCUCCCGCAGCCUCAGCCCCGGGCGCUCGCCCUCGUCCCACGACAACGAGAUCGUGAUGAUGAACCAUGUCUACAAGGAGAGGUUCCCAAAGGCGACGGCGCAGAUGGAGGAGCGGCUGGAGGAGUUCGUGCGGGGCUGUGGCCCCGGGGGGACGCCACUGGCCGACGGCGCCCUCAGCUUCAUCCAGCACCAGCUGGUCGAGCUGGCGCGCGACUGCCUGGCUAAGGCCCGGCACGGCCUCAUCACCGCCGGCUACUUCUACGAGCUGCAGGAGAACAUGGAGCGGCUGCUGCAGGACGCCUACGAGCGCUCGGAGUCGGAGGAGGUGGCCUUCAUCACCCAGCUGGUGAAGAAGCUCCUCAUCAUCAUCUCCCGCCCUGCCCGGCUGCUCGAGUGCCUGGAGUUCGACCCGGCUGAGUUCUACCAGCUGCUGGCGGCGGCGGAGGGCCAGGCCCGCGAGGGGCUGCUGAAGGCCGACAUCCCGCGCUACAUCAUUGGGCAGCUGGGGCUGGCACGGGACCCCUUCCCCGACAUGGUGCAUCUGGAGGAGCCCGACAGCGGCGGGAGCAACACGCCGGAGCCCGAGGAAGGGGCCGAGGGCCGCAGCAUCGUCCCAAGGGCCAAGAAGCCGCCGGGCGAAGGCGACUUUGAGACCAUCAAGCUCAUCAGCAAUGGCGCCUACGGGGCGGUGUACCUGGUGCGGCACACGGCCACGCGCCAGCGCUUCGCCAUGAAGAAGAUCAACAAGCAGAACCUGCUGCUGCGCAACCAGGUGGAGCAGGCGUUCGUGGAGCGUGACAUCCUCACCUUCGCCGAGAACCCCUUCGUCGUCAGCAUGUUCUGCUCCUUCCAGACCCGCCGCCACCUCUGCAUGGUCAUGGAGUAUGUCGAAGGCGGGGACUGCGCAACGCUGCUGAAGCACAUCGGGGCGCUGCCGCUGGAGCUGGCCCGGCUCUACUUCGCCGAGACUGUCCUGGCUCUGGAGUACCUGCACAACUAUGGCAUCGUCCACCGCGACCUCAAGCCUGACAACCUGCUGAUCACCUCGCUGGGCCACGUGAAGCUGACGGACUUCGGGCUCUCCAAGAUGGGGCUGAUGAGCCUCACCACCAACCUCUACGAGGGCCACAUGGAGAAGGACGCCCGCGAGUUCCGUGACAAGCAGGUGUGCGGCACCCCCGAGUACAUCGCUCCUGAGGUGAUCCUGCGGCAGGGCUACGGGAAGCCGGUGGACUGGUGGGCGAUGGGCAUCGUCCUCUACGAGUUCCUGGUGGGCUGCGUCCCCUUCUUUGGGGACACCCCCGAGGAGCUCUUCGGGCAGGUCAUCUCGGACGAGAUCCUGUGGCCAGAGGGGGACGAGGCGCUGCCCCCCGAUGCCCAGCACCUCAUCUCCUGCCUCCUGCAGCCCGACCCCCUGCGGCGCCUCGGGGCCGGGGGGGCGCAGGAGGUGAAGGCUCAUGGCUUCUUUGCGGCACUCGACUGGACGGGGCUGCUGCGGCAGAAAGCCGAGUUUGUGCCGCACUUGGAGUCCGAGGAGGACACCAGCUACUUCGACACACGCUCGGAUCGGUACCCCCACGUCACCUCCUACGAGGACGAGGACACGACGGAGGACGAACCUGUGGAGAUUCGGCAGUUCUCGUCCUGCUCCCCCCGCUUCAGCAAGGUGUACAGCAGCCUGGAGCAGCUCUCGCAGCAGCAGGAGCCGAAGGCGGCCAAGGGGCGUCCGCGGGACGAGGGGAGACGCGAUGGCUUCACCCGUGACCGCGGCUGGCGCACGGCCUCGCCCGAGCUGAAGCGCCCGCCGGCAGCCGAGGGGGCCCCCCCCGAGGGCGAGGGCAGCCCCCCCCUGGGCGCCCGUCGCCGCUUCUCGGCGCUGCUGGAGCCGGGGCGCCCCGGGGCCCCCCCAGAGGAGCGGCCAGCCCCCCGUAACAGUGCCCCCCCCCGCGAUGGACCCACAGAUGGACCCAGCGAGGAGCCAGGGGAGCGAGCGCCGCGGGCCGGAGACCUGCCCCCCACCCGGGCUGAGCUGGGGCUGCGGCGGCCGCGGCACCCGGGGGUGGCCCCCGAGGGGGGGGCUGACAAGCGCAGCCCCCGCGGCCCCGGGAAGGUCACCAAGUCGGCGUCGGCCACUGCCCUCUCCGUCAUCAUCCCCAGCGGGGAGGCGCCCGGCUCCUCUCCCCUGGGCAGCCCCAUGUCCCCGCGGUCGCUGUCCUCGGACCCGUCCUCGCGGGACUCGUCCCCGGGCCGGGAGCUGGCCCCGGCAGUGGCCGCCCCCCGCUCUCCCAUCGCCAUCCCCCGCCCCGGCAAGAAGUUCGGCUUCACCCUGCGCGCCAUCCGCGUCUACCUGGGGGACAGCGACGUCUACAGCGUCCACCACGUUGUCUGGCACGUGGAGGAGGGGGGCCCGGCACAGGAGGCGGGGCUCUGCGCCGGUGACCUCAUCACCCAUGUCAACGGGGAGCCCGUCCACGGGCUGGUGCACACCGAGGUCGUCGAGCUCAUCCUCAAGAGCGGGACGAAGGUGCUGGUGACAACGACGCCGCUGGAGAACACCUCCAUCCGCCUGGGCCCUGCGCGGCGCCGCAGCGCCCGGGCCAAGAUGGCGCGGAGGAACCGCCGGGGCGGCGCUGGGGGCGGCCACGAGAGGCGGCGCAGCGCGCUGUUCCGGCACCUGGCCCGACAGGCGUCGCUGCUGCACACGAGCCGCUCGCUGACGUCACUGAGCCGCUCGCUCUCCUCCUCCGACAGCCUGCCCGCCUCCCCCACCCACGCGCGCGCGCGGGACCCCGCCCUCCCGCCGCGCGCCGCCGAGACGGGGGCCUCCCCGCCCAGCAGCUCGCCGGGCUCCAGCGCGCCGCCCUCGCCGGCACCGGCCGGGCCCCACCUGCGGCCCAGCUCGCUGCAGGGCCUCUCCCCGAAGCUGCAGCGGCAGUACCGGGCGGCGCGCUGCAAGUCGGCCGGCAGCAUCCCGCUCUCGCCGCUGGCCCACACGCCCUCGCCGCCCGCCGCCUCGCCCCCCGCCUUCCCCGCCAAGCUGCACCCCAAGGCCGCCGAGUCGCCCCGCCUGACCCGCCGGGGCCCCCCCGAGAAGGCGGCGGCGGCGGUGCCCCGGAAGCACGGCCUGGAGGCCGCCCGCAAGGACUUCCCGGCCGAGCCGCCGCUGCAGAGCCUGGCCGAGUGGGACGGGGAGAGCCCGGCCGAGGGGCUGCCCCCCGCACCCCCCGCCCGCCGCCUCGGCCGCCAGGAGCUGCCGCUCCUGCUGGGGGGCCCCCCCGGCGCCGAGGCCGCCCCCCCGGGGGGUGAGGAGCCCGAGCGGGCGGCGCGGGGCCCCCCCAAGGCGCUGAGCCCGGUGCAGGAGCACGAGCAGGCCCGGCGGGGGGGCGCCCCGGCGGGGCCCCCGGUGCCCAUCGUAGUGGUGGGGCCCAGCGUGGCCCCCGGGGAGGGGGCACUGGGGCCCCCUCGGAGCACCGGGCCCCCCCCCGGGCGCUGA